GGAUGCAUCUGGACUCAGCUCUCUCUCUCUCUCUCUCUCUCUCUCUCCUUAAACAAUCCAAUCUUCAAUGGCCAAACCCUAAUCUAAAAAUAUCUAUAAAAGGGUGAUAGAAAGGCCAAACUCUCCAAACAAAAAAAAUCAAGCAACUCCAACAUCCAUGGCUUCUGAUCUGUCUACCAUCCUUCCAAGGGUUCUCAUUGUCUCUCGACGCAGCGUUCGUAAGAACAAGUUCGUCGAUUUCGUUGGUGAAUACCACCUUGAUCUCAUUGUAAGUUAUGGAGCGGUGCCCGUAAUUGUUCCCAGAGUCGCAGGCGUUCACAUGCUACUUGAAAGCUUCGAGCCCAUCCAUGGCGUCCUCCUCUGUGAAGGUGAAGACAUCGACCCAUCUCUCUAUGACUCAGAGAUAUCAGGCCUAUCCCAAGAAGAAUUGGAAGAGAUCAGACGGUUACACACAAGCGAUACUGCUAUUGACCGGGAGAAGGACUCAAUUGAGUUGAGGCUUGCGAAGCUUUGUUUGGAGAGGAACAUACCGUUCUUGGGCAUUUGUAGGGGGUCCCAAGUCCUCAACGUCGCAUGUGGUGGGACCCUUUAUCAAGAUGUCGAGAAAGAGCUUUUGAAGAAAUGCAAGGGGGAGAGGGUAAUUCACAUGGACUAUGAUAACUAUGACGGUCACAGACAUCCGGUGAAUGUGGUCGAGAACACCCCAGUACAUUCAUGGUUUAAGGAAUCUUUGGAGGGGAACAUGGAAAUUAGAGUCAAUAGCUAUCAUCAUCAAGGUGUUAAGAGACUAGCUGAAAGAUUUGUUCCCAUGGCAUUUGCACCGGAUGGUUUGAUUGAAGGGUUCUAUGAUCCCGAUGCAUAUAAUCCUGAAGAGGGUAAGUUUAUCAUGGGCUUGCAGUUCCAUCCGGAGAGAAUGAGGAGAUCAGAUACUGAGGAGUUUGAUUAUCCAGGAUGCCCAUCUGCCUAUCAGGAAUUUGUGAAGGCAGUGAUAGCAUAUCAGCAGAAAGUCAACAGCUCAGCAUCUGCAGCAAAGAGUCUAAAGCUGGAUCAAGAACUGGAGAAGAAGAGGAAGAUCAUUGUCCGAAGUUUUUCAAUUGCGAGAGAUGUGUAUGCAUCUGGGCUCGAAAUGCCCCAAUCUAAGGAAUCGGAUCUUGAGGCAGGAGCUGAAUUCCUGGAGUCGAACACGGCAUUGAGCGUACAACAAGAGAAUAGAUUGAAGCAGAUGGGUGCGACGGUGAGGAACGCAUGUUCGUAUCUAGAGAGACUGAAGAUGAAUGAGCAGAGGGAAAUGAUAGCAAAGACUGUGAUGGGGAAAAUGUCUAUAGAGCAGUUAUCUGAUCUGCUAUCAUUCUACCACAUGAUGGGGCAGAUCUGCUCUGAAGUGUUGGAGAGAAAGCUCGUGGCCUCAUGAAAUGAAGCUGGUGUUGGCCUCUUCCUCCAAUGUUGUUGAAGAAACGGACAGCUUUCGUUAGGUGGGCCCACAUGAAACAUGAAUGGGCCUUUUCUUUUCUUUUACUUGUAUUUUGUUUUUUUGUUCGUUUUUUAAUUCCUUUGCAAAGGGAACUCAAAAGUUGUUAAGCUUAAGAUGCAUUUCAUUGUAGAAAUUCAAUAAUCUUUUGAGGUCA